GAACUUGUUGUUAAUAAGGUGCGCGCAGCCAGCGCGCACAGCGCUUGCACAGCGUCCUAACACACACACACAAGUCUUAGUAAUAGCUCAUGCAGGAUGAUAUGCUGGAUCAGAAGUGCGAGAGCAGCAGCAGGGGAAGGAUCAAAACAGGCGGACUCCAAUCAAGGGUCGGUAGGGAGCUGCAGGCUAUUUGAGGGCUCCCAUCCAUCUCAUCAGUAGGUCUGCAAAAGUGUGGGCCCCCAUCAGAGCAGCACAAAGGCCGUUACAGAAGCACAGAGGCCGUUGCAAACCCUAAUAGCAGGUGAACAAAGAGUUUGGGGGCAGCUGAAGCAGCCAGAAUGAUUCGGUUCCUUUUACUUCAGAACCGCCAGGGUAAGACCAGGCUGGCAAAAUACUAUGUGCCCCUGGAGACCGAGGAGAAGCACAAGCUGGAGUUUGAGGUUCAUAGGCUGGUUGUAAACAGGGACCCAAAGCACACCAACUUUCUGGAGUUUCGGACGCACAAGGUGAUCUACCGGCGGUAUGCGGGCCUGUUCUUCUCAAUGUGCGUGGACGUGACGGACAACGAGCUGGCGUAUCUGGAGAGCAUACAUCUGUUUGUCGAGAUUCUGGACCACUUCUUCAGCAACGUCUGCGAGCUGGACCUUGUCUUCAACUUCCACAAGGUGUAUUUGAUUCUGGACGAAUUUGUUCUGGCGGGCGAGCUGCAAGAAACAAGUAAAAAGGCAAUUAUCGAGCGGAUGGCCGAGAUUGACAAAAUGGACUAAAGGAGGACUGCAUAGUUUUUAAUCCCCUCCUACUGACAUGCACGUUCUGCAUAGAUUCCGUCCGCACGGCACUAAAUGUUGAUCCGUGUGUUUGAUGAGCUCGAGCUACAGGCCUUCUCUUUGGAUGUUCAGCAUACCAGUACUUGCUGAGGCUGAAGCACGCCUCAGGCCUGCAGUUGUUCAUUGCAUCGUCAUCGUCAAUCAGCCAAGACAAAGAUGUCCUCAGUUAUAGCUCAAAACAUGUGCAUCGUAUGGGGUUCAAGCCGACCUAGCCUUCGCAAUUAUUGAGCUAGGUGAUGUGUGAGCCGGUACUCGAGAGGCGGACGUUGAAGAGCUCAGCUAAUGUGUAGAUGCAUCGCUUGUGCGAUUCAAUAAACGAAGGUUUAGUCGGACUUGAAUGAGACUCAUCUUUAUCGUGUUCUGGCAG